UUUUAUGUAAACAGAAGUAUACGUGGGUUUGCGUGAAAAUUAUUUUCCUCUUGCUCAACCACAAAGCAUAGACUCAAACUGCUUGUUGUGGACACACUGGCUUCUUUUUCUUGUGGACAUUAUGGCUAAUAACACCACGAGUUUAGGGAGUCCUUGGCCAGAAAACUUUUGGGAGGACCUUAUAAUGUCCUUCACUGUGUCUGUGGCUAUUGGGCUCGCAAUCGGAGGAUUUCUCUGGGCGCUGUUCGUUUUUCUGUCGCGACGAAGAAGAGCCAGUGCGCCCAUCUCACAGUGGAGUCCGACCAGGAGACCCAGGUCUUCCUACAACCACGGCCUCAGCAGGACUGGGUUCUACCGCCACAGUGGCUGUGAACGGAGGAGCAACCUCAGCCUGGCCAGCCUCACUUUCCAGAGACAAGCUUCCCUAGAGCUGGCAAAUUCCUUCCCCAGGAAAUCAAGCUUCAGGGCUUCGACUUUCCAUCCCUUCCUGCAAUGCCCACCACUUCCGGUGGAAACCGAGAGUCAUCUGAUGACUCUGCCUGCCUCCACCACCCCAUCCACCAUCAGCACCGUACACAGUCCGAGCCGGCCAGACUUCCGCUGGUCCAGCAACAGUUUGCGGAUGGGCCUUUCCACACCACCCCCACCUGCCUAUGAAUCCAUCAUAAAGGCAUUUCCCGAUUCCUGAGCCUGGGCUUUCGUUGUUUUUAAUUUUUUAAAAGUCUUUUUUAGAAAGAAAAUGAUAUAUAGGGUAAACGGAAUUUGGGAGCCAUGACCCCAGUGAGUAAUUUUCCAAGUUGAUAGGCUCAUGAAAGCUGAACAUUACAGAUAAGGCACGGUUUCUUUUGAACAAGUUUUUCUCAGUGACCUCACACAAAAGUAUUCUUUUCUCAAAAAGUCCUAUAUUUAUGUAUUUUGGGGAUCCAGUGUGAGGCGUUGGAUUAAAGAUAUUGAUUAAAGAUUCAAAUGUACAAAUCAUGUGAAUUUGUGUGUUUUAGGUUUAAAAGACCUUUGAUGUUUGUAUAGGGUUAUAAUCCCCCAGUCACUUUCCCACGAGACUGAUGACAAACCAAAGUCACUAAAAUAAGGAACUUUAAUGUUACUUUUGAGCAACGACUGAAUCACUGGCAUCCUUGAGUCUUAGAGCUUUCAUGGUGUUCGUUCACGAGACAAUAGAACAGCGGAUGUUCUAAAAGCCUGGGAUUCUACUCAGUUAUGGAUGAGAAUCAAACAAAGAUGCCAGGCUGUGUUGACGUCAGAGGGAUGGUUCCAUUUUGACAGUUACCUUGUUUUUUCCCACAUAGAUGUAUCUUGUAGUUCUUCCCAAUAACAUUGCCCAUAUAUCAUUAAUGUAAAACCCUUGGACUUAGGGGCAUGAGGAUUUAACAUGGCUGCUGGGGUAAUGUCAUUGCCACAGCAAUGGCACCUUCAAUGUACUUGUUGUAAGCACAGGUUUUUAUUUAGCAUCAAGUGACAUUUUUACUUUCUUGGAUUCAGAGCCAACAAGCAGGAGAGCACUUUAGCUAGGGCAGGGGUUCUCAACCUGUGGG